AUGCCGUCGUACAUCACAGCUAGCAAUGGCUCGCAGCAGCCGAUGUUCCUCAUCGUAAUGAGCCUGCUAGUUUUUCUGUCAGUAGUCACCGUCUCAUUACGUCUCUAUUGCCGCAUUUUCCGUGUCCACAAAGUCGGCGCUGAUGACUAUCUCAUCGUGGCCGCGGUGGCCGUCACCAUUGGGAUGACGGUCAUGAAUGGGCUUCAUGUCGCUCAGGGAACAGGCUGUGGUGGAGCGUUGCUGAUGCGCCUCUUCCCACAGGCUUUUGAAUGUCACAGCAAACCAUGGCGAGCAUGGGACCCCUCGUUCCCUGCGGGUUGCUACAACCUCAAUGCGGCGUACUAUUCGAUAGCAUCCAUUUCAAUCUUCACUGACUUGGCCAUCCUGGUGUUGCCUCUUCCGCAGUUAAUGAAGUUGAAUAUCCACCAAAAGUGUAUGCCUACAAGCAUUGAAACCGAAAGGAUCCUUCUCUGGACGCAAAUCGAAGUAAACGUCGCCAUCAUAUCCGCAUCGGCCCCUUCCCUCCGCCCGCUCUUUGCCAGUAUUUUCAAAGGGUCCUCAUACGGCCGGGGUGGGCCUUCGAGUGCCCGAUACGGCGGUUACGGCUCGUCGUACGGCCGCGAAGAAUCACACUAUCGACGCACGCUCACCCGCCAUGGCAACAAUCAUGGUGCAAUCGAGCUGACCUCUCGCGAUGAGGAGCGUUAUGCCGGCAGGGUGCAUGGAGUGACGCAACCGAGCUCAAAAGCUUGA